AUGGAUGACGACGAGCUCGAUGAUAAUCAACCAGAAGAAAGCAAAUACGUUGUAAUAAAAUGUGGACUUCAAACAAUUCUGCGACAACAACAUGAACGGAUUGAAAGAGUUGGAGAAGCUGUGACCAAAAUGCUAUUCGAGCGCAGUGUUCAAAUGACAGAAGUGGCAGCAUUGGCAUCACUUUUUAUUCUUUUUAUUUUGAAUGAAGCACUUGAUAAUGACGAUCGUGCAUUUUUUUUGCAACCACAUCCAAGUCUGAUCAUUGCCGAUUGUUUCAGAGCGGUAUUAAACCAACACGUUAACAAUAUUAAUAGUCAAUAUCGGAUUUUGCCCGAGUUUCGUUUCAUGGUAGAAAGAAACAGUGAAGAACAGUUCCGAUGGCCAGGUGAUGAAAAGUUGGGAAAUGGUUUGAGAUAUUUUUAUAAACAAUAUAUCACAAACAUUCAAACCAAUACCAACACAUGGUGUGAAAAACGACUUGAGAAUUUUUUUCGAAUGCGUUGUUGGUAUCGCAAUCGAUUCAACAAUGGCUCAAGAUUUGAUAGCAUCGACAUCAGAAAUGCCAAAGAGUUUUCAUAUCGAUUUAAGAAUUUAACAAAUGGUGAUAAUGGUAAUAAUGUGGAUCCACAACGCGUUGAAAAAUUCAAUAUUUUAAUGAGAGAUUUGACUGAAAUUGAAUGGUCGGGAACAGUGAGUAUGAAAUUUUUCGCAAAAUAUCGUUGGUUUGAAUCACUGUGGUUGUUCGGUCAAAUGCAACGGCAAAUAGAAGUGUAUCACAGUCAUGCCGAACAAUGGAAUACCAUUCAUGAAAUGUUUCGUAACAAUCCGAACUUUCAAGAGCCAACAAUCAAUCGACCACCAAAAAUAAGCAGUUUUGCUCUUAUACCAUUAUGCGACUACCAUUUGAAAAACGUGCGAUUGGACAUUAAGGACUUGUAUUAUAAAAUUGUAAACGAGCUUGAUUUGGUGCCUUCUUUUCUCAAUACGCGGACCAACCGGAUGAAUAAGAGAAAUUUAAAGUACUACACCCAAACUGAUCGAUCAGGUCUAUGGAAUAUGUUGUUCGAUGUCGGUAAAAUAAAUAAAUUGGGCAAAUCGAAACCAUGCCAUCAUCAGAUUUUGACCGAUAGUGUUUCAAUAUCCAUAAUGUACAAGAAACCACAGCGACAACAACGACCACAGCAAACAACCCAAGCGAAUCGGGGGCCGGAAAAACUCAUUGGCAAGAAAUACAUCAUUGGAAUCGAUCCGAAUGAAAAAUCGUGGUUAACUGUAGUGCGUCGCAACAUUCAAAAAACACCUGAUGAGCCGGCUGUUGAGGAAAACAUUAUAAUACCAAACCAGCGUUUUCAUUGGGAAACUCAGCAGAAAAAACGAGACAAAGAAGCGAAAAAGUUGGCUGGAUGGUUUGAUAUCGAAGAGAAGGAACAUCUCAAAACAUACCCAUAUCGUCCACCAUCACCACGUAAUUCAACAUGGAAAUCAUACACGUACCAUUGCCAGUUUCAUUGUUAAGACCGCCGGACUAAAACAACAAUGUCAACUAACAAACAUCAUCAAUUAAUCAUACAUUCAAAAAAUUACAUAAAAUAAAAUAUUUUAACUAUUAUAGUUAGCUUAGCUAGACAUGAACAGACUAUAUAAAGUCUUGUGGUCUAGUUGUACAAUAGUACAACAUUGUACGGAGGGGGAGUACCCGUAGGUGAGUAAAGU